GCGGCGCGGGCGGCCUGGAGCCCCGGGAGCGGCGCGCGCGGCCCCGGCCCAGCCGCUCUCCCGGCCUCGCGCUGCACAUUCUCUCCUGGCGGCGGCGCCACCUGCAGUAGCGUUUGCCGGAACAUGGCGACACGGAGCAGCAGGAGGGAGUCGCGACUCCCCUUCCUAUUCACCCUGGUCGCGCUGCUGCCGCCGUGGGCUCUCUGCGAGGUCUGGACGCAGAGGCUGCACGGCGGCCGCGCGCCCUUGCCCCAGGACCGGGGCUUCCUCGUGGUGCAGGGCGACCCGCGCGAGCUGCGGCUGUGGGCGCGCGGGGAUGCCAGGGGGGCGAGCCGCGCCGACGAGAAGCCGCUCCGGAGGAGACGGAGCGCUGCCCUGCAGCCCGAGCCCAUCAAGGUGUACGGACAGGUCAGUCUGAAUGAUUCCCACAAUCAGAUGGUGGUGCACUGGGCCGGAGAAAAAAGCAAUGUGAUCGUGGCCUUAGCCCGAGACAGCCUGGCGCUGGCGAGGCCCAAGAGCAGUGACGUGUACGUGUCUUAUGACUAUGGAAAAUCAUUCAAGAAGAUUUCAGAGAAACUAAACUUUGGCGCAGGAAACAGCAGCGAAGCCGUGAUUGCCCAGUUCUACCACAGUCCUGCGGACAACAAGCGGUACAUCUUCGCAGACGCUUACGCCCAGUACCUCUGGAUCACGUUUGACUUCUGUGACACUAUCCAAGGCUUUUCCAUCCCAUUCCGGGCAGCUGAUCUCCUUCUGCAUAGCAAAGCCUCCAACCUUCUCCUGGGCUUCGACCGGUCCCACCCCAACAAGCAGCUAUGGAAGUCAGAUGAUUUUGGUCAGACCUGGAUCAUGAUUCAGGAACAUGUGAAAUCCUUUUCUUGGGGAAUUGAUCCCUAUGACAAGCCGAAUACCAUCUACAUUGAACGUCACGAACCCUCUGGCUACUCCACCAUUUUCCGAAGCACAGACUUCUUCCAGUCCCGGGAAAACCAGGAAGUGAUCCUCGAGGAAGUGAGAGACUUUCAGCUUCGAGACAAGUACAUGUUUGCUACAAAGGUGGUGCAUCUCUUGGGUGGCCAGCAGCAGCCUUCUGUCCAGCUCUGGGUCUCCUUUGGCCGGAAGCCCAUGCGACCAGCCCAGUUUGUCACGAGGCAUCCUAUUAAUGAAUAUUACAUCGCAGAUGCCUCCGAGGACCAGGUGUUUGUGUGUGUCAGUCACAGUAACAACCGCACCAAUUUAUACAUCUCAGAGGCAGAAGGGCUGAAAUUCUCCCUGUCCUUGGAGAAUGUGCUUUAUUACAGCCCGGGAGGGGCUGGCAGUGACACGUUGGUGAGGUAUUUUGCAAAUGAACCAUUUGCUGACUUCCACCGAGUGGAAGGGUUACAAGGAGUCUACAUUGCUACUCUGAUUAAUGGUUCUAUGAAUGAGGAGAACAUGAGAUCAGUCAUCACCUUUGACAAAGGGGGAACCUGGGAGUUUCUUCAGGCUCCAGCCUUCACAGGAUAUGGAGAGAAAAUCAAUUGUGAGCUUUCCCAGGGCUGUUCCCUCCACCUGGCCCAGCGCCUUAGUCAGCUGCUCAACCUGCAGCUUCGGAGAAUGCCCAUCCUAUCCAAGGAGUCGGCUCCAGGCCUCAUCAUUGCCACUGGCUCAGUGGGAAAGAACUUGGCCAGCAAGACAAACGUGUACGUCUCUAGCAGUGCCGGAGCCAGGUGGCGAGAGGCACUUCCGGGACCUCACUACUACACAUGGGGGGACCACGGAGGAAUCAUCAUGGCCAUUGCCCAGGGCACGGAGACCAACGAGCUGAAAUACAGUACCAAUGAAGGGGAGACAUGGAAAACGUUCGUCUUCUCUGAGAAGCCAUUGUUUGUGUACGGCCUCCUCACGGAACCUGGGGAGAAGAGCACUGUCUUCACCAUCUUUGGCUCGAACAAAGAGAAUGUCCAUAGCUGGCUGAUCCUCCAGGUCAAUGCCACGGAUGCCUUGGGGGUUCCCUGCACAGAGAAUGACUACAAGCUGUGGUCCCCGUCCGAUGAGCGGGGGAAUGAGUGUUUGCUAGGACACAAGACGGUUUUCAAACGGAGGACGCCCCAUGCAACGUGCUUUAAUGGAGAAGACUUCGACAGGCCAGUUGUUGUGUCCAACUGCUCCUGCACGCGGGAGGACUAUGAAUGUGACUUCGGUUUCAAGAUGAGUGAAGAUUUGUCAUUAGAGGUUUGUGUUCCAGAUCCGGAAUUUACUGGGAAGUCAUACUCCCCUCCCGUGCCUUGUCCUGUGGGUUCUACUUACAGGAGAACCAGAGGCUACCGGAAGAUUUCUGGGGACACUUGUAGCGGAGGAGAUGUUGAGGCACGACUGGAAGGAGAACUGGUGCCCUGUCCCCUGGCAGAGGAGAACGAGUUCAUCCUGUACAGCAUGCGGAAGUCUAUCCACCGCUAUGACCUGGCCUCAGGAGCCACGGAGCAGUUGCCUGUUUCUGGGCUGCGGGCAGCAGUGUCCCUGGACUUUGACUAUGAGCGCAAUUGCCUGUAUUGGUCUGACCUGGCCUUGGACAUCAUCCAGCGCCUCUGUUUGAAUGGGAGCACAGGGCAAGAGGUGAUCAUCAGUUCUGGCCUGGAGACUGUAGAAGCUUUGGCUUUUGAACCCCUCAGCCAGUUACUGUACUGGGUGGACGCUGGUUUUAAAAAGAUUGAGGUAGCUAAUCCAGAUGGCGACUUCCGACUCACAAUCGUCAAUUCCUCUGUGCUCGAUCGGCCCAGGGCUCUGGUCCUCGUGCCCCAAGAAGGGGUGAUGUUCUGGACGGACUGGGGAGACCUGAAGCCUGGGAUUUAUCGGAGUGACAUGGAUGGUUCUGCUGUAUAUCGUCUUGUGUCCGAGGAUGUGAAGUGGCCCAACGGCAUCUCCGUGGACGACCAGUGGAUCUACUGGACGGAUGCCUACCUGGACUGCAUUGAGCGGAUCACUUUCAGCGGCCAGCGGCGCUCGGUCAUCCUGGAUAACCUCCCACACCCCUAUGCCAUCGCUGUCUUUAAGAAUGAAAUCUACUGGGAUGACUGGACACAACUUAGCAUAUUCCGAGCUUCCAAAUACAGCGGGGCCCAGAUGGAGAUUCUGGCCAGCCAGCUCACGGGGUUGAUGGACAUGAAGAUUUUCUACAAGGGGAAGAACACUGGAAGCAAUGCCUGUGUGCCCAGGCCAUGCAGCCUGCUGUGCCUGCCCAAGGCCAACGACAGUAAAAGCUGCAGGUGUCCAGAGGGUGUGUCCAGCAGUGUGCUCCCUUCCGGGGACCUGAUGUGUGACUGCCCUCAGGGCUAUCAGCUGAAGAACAACACCUGUGUCAAAGAAGAGAACACCUGUCUCCGCAACCAGUAUCGCUGCAGCAACGGGAACUGUAUCAACAGCAUUUGGUGGUGUGACUUCGACAACGACUGCGGAGACAUGAGCGACGAGAGGAACUGCCCUACCACCAUAUGUGAUCUGGACACCCAGUUUCGUUGCCAGGAGUCUGGGACUUGUAUCCCACUGUCCUAUAAAUGUGACCUUGAGGAUGACUGUGGAGACAACAGUGAUGAAAGUCAUUGUGAAAUGCACCAGUGCCGGAGUGACGAAUACAACUGCAGCUCUGGCAUGUGCAUCCGCUCCUCCUGGGUGUGUGACGGGGACAACGACUGCAGGGACUGGUCUGACGAAGCCAACUGUACUGCCAUCUACCACACCUGCGAGGCCUCCAACUUCCAGUGUCGCAAUGGACACUGCAUCCCCCAGCGGUGGGCGUGUGACGGUGACACGGACUGCCAGGACGGUUCUGAUGAGGAUCCAGUCAACUGCGAGAAGAAGUGCAAUGGAUUCCGCUGCCCAAAUGGCACUUGCAUCCCAUCCAGCAAACAUUGCGACGGCCUCCGCGACUGCUCGGACGGCUCAGAUGAACAGCACUGUGAGCCCCUGUGUACGCGCUUCAUGGACUUUGUGUGUAAGAACCGCCAGCAGUGCCUGUUCCACUCCAUGGUGUGUGAUGGGAUCAUCCAGUGCCGCGACGGAUCGGAUGAGGAUGCGGCAUUUGCGGGAUGCUCCCAAGACCCCGAGUUCCACAAGGUUUGUGACGAGUUCGGUUUCCAGUGUCAGAACGGAGUGUGCAUCAGUUUGAUUUGGAAGUGCGACGGCAUGGAUGACUGCGGCGAUUACUCUGACGAAGCCAACUGUGAAAACCCCACAGAAGCCCCAAACUGCUCCCGCUACUUCCAGUUCCGGUGUGAGAACGGCCACUGCAUCCCCAACAGGUGGAAAUGUGACAGGGAGAACGACUGUGGGGACUGGUCAGACGAGAAGGACUGUGGAGAUUCACAUGUUCUUCCCUCCCCAACUCCUGGGCCCUCCACAUGCCUGCCCAAUUACUACCGCUGCAGCAGCGGGGCCUGCGUGAUGGACACCUGGGUGUGCGACGGGUACCGAGACUGUGCAGACGGCUCGGACGAGGAAGCCUGCCCCUCGCUCGCAAAUGUCACUUCCGCCUCCACUCCCACCCAGCUUGGGCGUUGUAACCGAUUUGAGUUUGAGUGUCACCAGCCGAAGAAGUGUCUCCCCAACUGGAAGCGCUGUGACGGCCAUCGAGAUUGCCAGGAUGGCCGGGACGAGGACAAUUGCCCCACGCACAGCACGUUGACCUGUACGAGCAGGGAGUUCAAGUGUGAGGACGGCGAGGCCUGCAUCGUGCUGUCAGAGCGGUGUGACGGCUUCCUGGACUGCUCGGACGAGAGUGACGAGAGGGCCUGCAGCGAUGAGUUAACUGUGUACAAAGUACAGAAUCUUCAGUGGACAGCUGACUUCUCUGGGGAUGUGACUUUGACCUGGACGAGGCCCAAAAAGAUGCCUUCUGCUUCCUGUGUAUAUAAUGUCUACUACAGGGUGGUUGGAGAGAGCAUAUGGAAGACUCUGGAGACCCACAGCAAUAAAACAAACACUGUAUUAAAAGUCCUGAAACCAGACACCACGUAUCAAGUUAAAGUACAAGUUCAAUGUCUGAGCAAGGCACACAACACCAAUGACUUUGUGACCCUGAGGACUCCAGAAGGAUUGCCAGAUGCCCCUCGAAAUCUCCAGCUGUCCCUCCACAGGGAAGCAGAAGGUGUGAUUGUGGGCCACUGGACUCCUCCCAUCCACAGCCACGGCCUCAUCCGAGAGUACAUUGUAGAAUACAGCCGGAGUGGAUCCAAAAUGUGGGCCUCCCAGAGAGCCGCUAGUAACUUUACAGAAAUAACGAACUUACUGGACAACGCGCUAUACAUUGUCAGAGUGGCUGCGGUGACUAGUCGUGGAAUAGGAAACUGGAGCGAUUCUAAAUGCAUUACCACCAUGAAAGGAAAAGUGAUCCCACCGCCAGAUAUCCACAUUGACAGCUAUGGUGAAAACUCUCUGAGCUUUACCCUGACCACGGAGGGUGAUAUCAAGGUGAGUGGCUACGUGGUGAACAUUUACUGGGCGUUUGACACACACAAACAGGAGAAGAGAACUUUGAGCUUCCGAGGGAGCAUAUUGUCACACAAAGUUGGCAAUCUGACAGCUCACACAUCCUAUGAGAUUUCCGCCUGGGCCAAGACGGACUUUGGGGAUAGUCCUCUGGCAUUUGAGCAUGUCCUGACCAGAGGGGUUCGCCCACCUGCUCCUAGCCUCAAAGCCAAGGCCAUCAAUCAGACUGCAGUGGAAUGUACCUGGACCGGCCCCCGGAAUGUGGUUUAUGGUAUUUUCUACGCCACAUCCUUUCUUGACCUGUACCGCAACCCAAAGAGCUUGACUACUUCACUCCACAACAAAACAGUCAUUGUCAGCAGGGAUGAGCAGUAUUUGUUUCUGGUCCGGGUGGUGGUGCCCUACCAGGGGCCGUCCUCUGACUACGUCGUCGUGAAGAUGAUCCCAGACAACAGGCUCCCACCCCGGCACUUGCAUCCGGUUCACAUAGGCAAAACCUCAGCUGUCAUCAAGUGGGAGUCGCCGUACGAUUCUCCUGACCAGGACCUGUUAUAUGCCAUUGCAGUUAAAGACCUAAUAAGAAAGACCGACAGGAGCUACAAAGUAAAAUCCUGCAACAGUACAGUGGAAUACACCCUUAACAAGUUGGAACCUGGAGGGAAAUACCAUGUCAUUGUCCAGCUGGGGAACAUGAGCAAAGAUUCCAGCAUAAAAAUCACCACAGUUUCGUUAUCAGCACCUGAUGCCUUAAAAAUCAUAACAGAAAAUGAUCACGUUCUUCUGUUUUGGAAAAGUCUAGCUUUAAAGGAAAAGCAUUUCAAUGAAAGCAGGGGCUAUGAAAUACACAUGUUUGAUAGUGCCAUGAAUAUCACAGCUUACCUUGGGAAUACUACUGACAAUUUCUUUAAGAUUUCCAACCUGAAGAUGGGUCAUAAUUAUACUUUCACUGUCCAAGCAAGAUGCCUUUUUGGCAGCCAGAUCUGCGGGGAGCCUGCCGUCCUGCUGUACGAUGAGCUGGGGUCUGGUGGAGAUGCAUCCGCGAUUCAGGCUGCCAGAUCUACGGAUGUUGCUGCCGUGGUGGUCCCCAUCUUGUUCCUGAUACUGCUCAGCCUGGGGGUCGGGUUUGCCAUCCUGUACACAAAGCAUCGGAGGCUGCAGAGCAGCUUCACUGCCUUUGCCAACAGCCACUACAGCUCCAGGCUGGGCUCAGCGAUCUUCUCCUCGGGGGAUGACCUGGGGGAGGAUGAUGAAGAUGCUCCUAUGAUAACUGGAUUUUCAGACGACGUCCCCAUGGUGAUAGCCUGAAAGAGCUUUCCUCACUAGAAACCAAAUGGUGUAAAUAUUUUAUUUGAUAAAGAUAGUUGAUGGUUUAUUUUAAAAGAUGCACUUUGAGUUGCAAUAUGUUAUUUUUAUAUGGGCCAAAAACAAAAAUGAAAAGAAAAAAAAAAAAAAAGGAAAGAAAGGAAUGAAUAAACUUUGUAGUAAUCAACUGUGAACUUCAAACCAGGUUGAUUUUAGUAACCAAAUUGCUUUGAUUUGACAUUAAUGUAGUCUUACAGGGCUGUGCUUGCUGGGCAUGCUUUUAAGUCUGUGAGAUAAUUUUGGUUCAGUAAAUUGGCCAUUCUUUUUAUUUUUCUAAGACACAGAAAUGUAUUUAAUAAAAACCUCAAGAGAGAGUGAUGGGUGGAAUCCCUUCUCCUUGAAAGUACGCUAAAGUUUUAAAUUUUGUUUGGAUUUGGUUUAUAUGAACGUGUUUGGGUGUAUUUUGGGGGAAGGUUCUUUUAUGUUAUUUUGUUAAUUUAUUGGGACUCUGUAUAAGGCCAGACUUCAGUGUCAUCAGACACCACGUGUGUUAUGAGCCCCUCACCCCUAGGGUUAGGGGUGAGGAACAGAAGCAUUUUUGUUGCCUCCCAGAAGUAAUCCGUUUUUAUUCACUUGUGUGUCAUGAAGUGGUCUUUGACAGGAGAGAGCACGGGGUCAUUCUGGAUUUCAGUAAAACGGAGCCACAGCUUGGGGAGCCCUGCAAGUCACCAGCUUCCGCUCUUAAUAAUUGAUGGAAUUUCACUGUAUACGCCUCUGCCGCCGCAGAAGAUGUAGCGUCAAAAGCUACAGAAUGAUAACACUGCUUUGUUAUACACUGGUUUCAUUGUCAUUGCAAAAAAUCACCCUGGUUAUGGGAGAGAGUUCUAGAUCUGUGCCAUGAUCGAUACACUGGCAAAUAUAGCAUGCAAUUUUUCCAUUUUCCAUUUUUUGUUUUUGCUUACCACUGAAGAAUCUCGAAUGUUAAAUUUUGUAUUUGGGUUGAGGUGGCCACUUCUUGUCCUUAAAAGUCCAUACCCAUAUGUGCAGUCAUUUUGAAUUGGGUCAGUGCCUUCUCUCUGUUUUUCUUUUCUUCCAGCUCCCUCGCCUGUGCCCCUACCCAAUCUAACAAGAAAGUGCUCUACGCUCUCACAGAGGUAGAAGAGAUCUUAAAGUUUGAGACCACGCUAUCCAAUUAACAAUAGCCGCAAACACUAGGGUUUGUUCAUUUAUUCUCUCUGUAAAACAAACUGUGCUUUUUUUCUUCUGCUUUUAAAAUGCCACCCCUGUAUUCCCAUCACGGCCACUUGCUGGUGAUGCAGACUCCAUCUGGACUGAUGCCCACCCUGUAGACGUAGUGUUGUAGGCCCCAUGUCCAGCAUUGUUGCGACUUGUACUGUAUGAACCUCACUGCAUAAUUUCCUCCCCCCAAGAAGCAGUGAGCUCUGGGAAUAUUCCAAAGUCAUGCCUCUAAACAUGUGUCCUUUAUAUGCAAGCUUUGUAAAACUCUAUGCCACCUUAGAUGCAAUGUAUCACCUUCUCACAAGUGUUCGGUAUCAUUCUUGGGUGAUAAUAUAGUUUCAUUCUACCUGGGGAUUGUUUGGAAAACAAAGAGCUAAUUAAAUGUUUUAGUUUUUAAAAUGUUUAUUUAUAUGUUUCUUAGGCGAGGAAUAUUUUAAACUGCAGACAUUUAGCGUGCCAUAUAGGUAGGGCUCUACUUCAUUUUAACAAGUGGUGGUAAUGAUGAGCCUUCUUCCAGCAUAUUUUCUCUUUCCCAUCAUUCUCCUUUUUUUUAAAGACUGGAAUUUCUUUGGCUUUAUCUUUUCUUAUCCUGGAGUUUUGCUCAAACCUCCAAGCCCCACCACCUCUCCUUUAAUAAGCUCUUUAAGUAGCUGAAAGAUUAACAAUCUGGUGGGAGGCAAGUCAUUUAAUUGAACCACUAGGAAGUGUAUUUUCUUCUUUUCUUUUUCUGCCAACUUCUUGGUGGCAUUUGUAAAAGCUAUGAUCUAAAAGGCUCUGAGAUGUUAUUUUCAAUUAUUCCAUAGGCAAGCCUUUUUACAGAGCAUAUGUCUCCAGUUGGCAGCUUGAGAUAUUUCGAGCAUCCACUUCUAGUUACCAGUGCCUCCCAAAGCUUAGAACACAGUACUGUAUAGACUGGCCAUCACCCCUCUCCUUGGAAAAUGCCACUGUGCUGUUUGAGAAAAAAGCAGCCUUAUAGGGCUAGAGUAUUUUAUAUAAACAGAAGAGCUAAGUUCCUGAAGACUAAGCUAGAUAGUUGCAGCUAUGUGUAAAUUGUAUAUUUUUAUGAACUUUUGAAGCACGCACUCCGAUUUCUCUCUGCAUAGCUUUGUGGGGAUUUUGAUGUAUAUAUGCUGUCUGCAAGAGUCCAGAGGUUGGAGUGACAAGAGGAAAUGAAAACAAAUAUUUCAUGCAGCCUUUGAAGGUGACCAGAUAACUAUCUUCACUGUGACCAGUUGGAGCCCUUGGUUGCUUGUGAAGAAGGGGCUUUUAUACCUUGAUGGAGAUGUCACUUUGAAAGUUUACACUGUGCAGGGAGAAGGUCUUCUCUCCCAGAGUACAUUAGAAUGCCAGAUGCCUGCAUCCACGUGGACCACGAUGGGCCACCAAAACUUGGUGGGCAGGGAGAUUGUGUGAGUUUUCUCUGGAAGCUCAUUUUGCCCUUGGAUGUAUUGAGCUUUAUGAGACAUGGGUCCAUGUAGAUAUAGUGACAGAGAGUGGGGUUUUACAGAGGAUUCCAGGGAGAGGCCAUGUCUAUGUUUCCAGACAGGUGAGAAGCUCCAGUAACUACUGGCCACCCUGGCAAGCUGGGUAAAUAGUUAUGAUUCUGGGUAACUGGUGAAAACUGACUUUUGGAAAAGCGGUUCUUGGGGUUCUGUCGCUGGUAGUAUCACUAGGGAUGUUUGGGUGGGACGGAGGGGGGACACACAGCUACAUGCUCUCUCCUGCCCAUCACGUGCGGCCACUAUACUCAACUAUUAAGCUAUACGCAACUAUUUAGGGAAUGUGACCCUUUUGAAAGCCGUGGCCAUUUUCAGCGGAAUUGGGAGAGCAAUAGUAUGGUGAGCCCCAUAUAGAUAAGCACCUGCUUCUGCUUGAGGGAUCUUGCCUUCAGAUACCUACCCAGUGGUCACUCCAGCUGGUAAGAUUAUUUUUCCAGUACUUCCUUAGGGGGAGAAACCCUGUGCUGUCAGAUUUGGUUAGUCCCUUUCCCACUAAGGGGAUCAUGGUGAAUCCCUGAGAAUUCUCUUCCUUCAGCAGACAGUUGGGGGAAACCCAAAGAGAAGGGAUCCAUAGAUAGAAGCAAACUGAAAACCACUCCCAUGUUGAUUUUAGCAAUUGACUCUAAAGCUCUGUGCAGAAUCUUGUGUUGGGACUGUAUGUUGACAUUCUUAACGAUGUUACUUUUCUUAACUGGAGUGUGUGCUGCCUUUCAGGUACAAUUUUUGUGUAAUAAAAGCCAGUGCAUUAAGUUUAUAUAGACUACUUUCUAUGCAAGAGUGAGAUAUGGAAUAGAUCGCAAGAGAUAUGUACUGUUGGGUACCCGGACAAUAGAUUUGUUUUCAGAAGGGAUACCACCACCGAACAUGGGUUGAGGGAGGAUAGAUUACACAUACGUUUCUGCCCACUAAUUUUGAGCAGCCAUAUUAUGAAUUAAAUCAUCAGAGCCAAGUAAUAACCCAAGAAUGGUAUUAGUUUCAUAUGUAAUAGCUCAAAUGGAAUAAUCACGAAUGCUGAAGUGGAACAUUAUCCUCAGAUAUUCCAUGUCACUUCUCAUUUAAAGACUCUUGUUAUGAAUUAUUAGAAACUUUAGGCAAAAAUGAAAAGUAUUUGCAGCAAAAUAAAGGCCUAUUUUGCUCUUAUUUAAAGUGAAACACUGUAUACUUGUUUCUCUCCAAAGUGAAAUUAGGUAUUUAUAAUUUCAAUUGCCUGGAUAAGUUUCCAAGUCACUGAUUUCUGCUGAAGAUUUUACUAUAUUGUUGCAUAAUUUUAAGAUGAUUUUUGUCUCAAUGUCAACUUUUUUCACUGAAUAAAAUUUAACUGGGUCAAGAAAA